AUGGACGUAGAGGACUGGAGAAACGGGGAAGCGCCCAUUUCCCCUUUGAUUUCCCCUUACCCCUCCCCUUUCCGCUUUUCUCCUCCCCUUUCCGCUUUUUCCCUACUCAUUCCGCUUUUCUCCUCCCCUUUCCGCUUUCCCCUUUCCCUUUCCGCCUUUUCCGUACCCUUCCGCUUUUCCCUUCCCCUUUCCGCCUUUCCCUCCCCUUUCCGCUUUUCCCUUCCCCUUUCCGCCUUUUCCCUCCCCUUUCCGCGCUCCCCUCAUCUGCCUGGACUUGACUUGAGGGAGGAGGAAAGAGGAGGGGUGAAGGGGUGUGGCACUGCAUGCACACCGCGUCGCAUCACCUUUGUUCUGCUGCUCUGGGUUGUGGUCCCGCCGCAUCCGGUUUGA